UCAGGGAGGCUCUGCCUGUUCCGUUGAAUUCAGACUCACUGUCUUUUUAACUUCCUUCCUGCCUUUUGUACAUUAAACAAACAUACGGCUCUGACGCGAGGUGUCGAACAGCUCGUGUGAUACACAGUAACACAGCUACAUUGAUUUAAAUGGGCGAAAGAACUCUUGGAAUGUUACAGAAGCGGAGCAGCUAAAGUUAUUAUUCUGCUACGCGUUCCGAAUCCACGAAUCCGCGCUUCAGCGACAAUUUAAACAACAGCGUCUGCAACAAGGAGAGACUUGUAGCACUCUGCUAAAGCAUGGACCAGUUGUGGAUAUAAUAUGUGAAUGAGGAAAGGAGUCUGGGAUUGUAUUUUAUUCUACGUGUCAGCUUUACUUGGUUCCUCCUAACAAUGGUUGGCUCCAAAGGCCAGUGGACUUUGGAUGAGUAGACCUAAAUGGGAGCAAAAACGGACAGAGUCAGCCUGCCACUAUGGCAGCUUAUGCUCUGAACAGCCUGAUAAUGAUGAACCCCAACAACCUGACCAAUAAAAGCAGCCCUAGGACAGGAAGGCCUGUGCUCCCAGUGCCCAGUCGUUCUACAUUUAGCCCCGUGCUGGGGGGCAGCGGAGGUCUCUAUAGCCCCGGCAGCCUGAGCCCUGGGUCACCAGGAAAAUCAUUUGUCUUCCCAACAGGUACCGGUUCCAGCUGCCAAAGGGCACGUUCACCAUGUCGACGGCCGGAAUCGCUGGGCGUGCAUGUGGGAAGUCGUGUGCGAAGACUGAGCGGGUCUGGCCUGGAGGAAGAACAGGAGAACGAAGAACGGCGUGCUGCUCAGCAACUCGAGCGCCACAAGGAACUGCAGAACGUGGAGGUGAACAAGAAGGUGGACCUGUUUGAAGCCCAAAUAUCGGCUCAGGCUCACAACCGAGAGGCUCAACGAAGCCCACGGAUUUCCAGGAAAACUCCACUGAAUUUAGUCCCUGUCCAACUUACCAAUCUCUCCUUAAACCCAGAGGAAACCCUUGUGACACUGAACAAGGAUCACUCAACAGGGAUCCCCAAAGAACUGCAAAAUGGAAAGCGCUUCUCUGGCAUGGAGGAGGGGCUGCAGGUCAGCAGUGAAGAGAAGAACGGGGCUGACCCAAAUACAGAAGAGGGCGGCCCACUUGAGAGCACAUCAGCAGGAACUAAGAGCGGAGCUGACAGAUCUACCGACAAUCACUCCAGGACUUCACUAGAGUCCAACAAGUGCUCAGCAUCUUGGACUGAGACAUGUUUGACAAAGGAGGGAGCUGAGCCAAAAGAAACCCAGGCAGAGCCCGACUGGGUCAGUCCAGAGGUGGGCUCCAUCCCCGCUGUCAUUAUUACGGACCACGGCAUGGAUGUUAGUGGGGAGGGCAAGGAGCCCCAGGUUAGUCCUCAACCUUACAGAGCCCUGAGAAAGCUCUCCUCUUCUUCUGCCUCGUCAACGGGAUUUUCCUCUUCCUGGGAGGAAUCAGAAGACGACAUUUCCAGCGACACAGAGCGGUCCCCAGCGUUCCUACAGACACAACAGAAAGCGCAUAAAUCAUGGAAGAAGAUCAAGAACAUGGUGCAUUGGUCACCAUUUGUGAUGUCCUUCAAGAAGAAGUACCCCUGGAUCCAGUUGGCUGGCCAUGCAGGCAAUUUCAAGGCAGGGGCCAAUGGUCGCAUCCUAAAGAAACACUGUGAGUGUGAGCAGCAAUGUCUCGAUAGGUUGAUGAGAGACGUGCUAAAGCCCUACGUUCCUGCUUACCACGGAGAUGUAGAGAAGGAUGGAGAGAGGUACAAUCAGAUGGAGGACUUGCUGGCAGAUUUUGACCUACCCUGUGUCAUGGACUGCAAGAUGGGCAUCAGGACGUAUCUGGAAGAGGAGCUGACGAAAGCCAGGAAGAAGCCUAGCUUGAGAGCCGACAUGUACCAAAAGAUGAUCGAGGUGGACCCCAAUGCACCCACGGCACAGGAGCACGAACAGAAAGCAGUCACUAAGCCGCGCUACAUGCAGUGGAGGGAAACCAUCAGCUCCACCGCCACGCUGGGCUUCCGGAUCGAGGGAAUCAAGAAAGAGGAUGGAACAGUAAACCGGGAUUUUAAAAAGACUAAGACCCGAGAACAAGUGACCGAGGCCUUCCAAGACUUUGUCAAAGGAAACAAAAACAUCCUGCAUUCCUAUCUGAACCGACUAAAAGAGAUCAAGGACACUUUGGAAAUUUCACCGUUUUUCAAAACGCAUGAGGUGAUUGGCAGUUCUCUACUCUUCGUCCAUGACAAACGGGAGCAGGCAAAAGUGUGGAUGAUAGACUUUGGGAAGACUACUCCAUUGCCGGAGGGGCAGGAGCUAUGCCACAGGGCCACCUGGAUGGAGGGUAACAGAGAAGACGGCUACCUCUACGGCCUAGACCACCUCAUAGACAUUAUUUCCAAUAUGCUAACUCCUAAACCUCCACUAGAGUAAGAGGAUUCCAUCUUCUCUCCCAUCUGCACUACAGUUCAAGACCUCGCUGGGUUCCCCUAAAGCUACCCUAACUGAUCGCCCCGUCUCACCAAAACAGAAAACUAUAAAACUUAAAUCAAAAAUGCCAUUUAAAAAAGAGUGUGUAUGUUUGUAAACUUGUAGAUGCUGUACAUAUAGUGUAAAUGCCAGUGUUUUAGUUCAGAACAUGUGUGAAUAGGAUUUUUGCAGCUAGCGCUUUAACAGGCAGGUGAAUCUUAAAGCCACACUCCCUUAAUGUGCGUUCUUUUCAACAUGCUAGUGUUACGGAAAAGUGUAAAGCACUUACAGCUAUGUUUUACUCUGUGAUUGUUUUUAGAUGCUGCUUUUUUAUUUUACACCUAGACACCAUUUUUAUUUGAAACACAAAUCGAAAUUUUAAAACCUAUAACAAUCCGAUCGACCACUAGAUGUUUGAGAGAUUUAUAUUUGCAGGAUUCUAACAAUAUUGGUUGUUUUAUAGUUUUUUUUUUACCCUGUUAACAUAAUGUAAGUAGUGUUCAAAUACAUCAUUUAUACUGAGUGCCUUUUGUAGAACAAAUUCUCCCAUUUGGUGGAUGGUCUUAUGUCGUGCUUUAUAUUUAAAUUCUUCAUAUUGACAUUCCUUAAAUUCAAUCGCCAUUUUUGUGCCUAAGUAGUGCUGGGUAUCAACACAGAUUUUCCAGUUGAUUUUACAGUAAUUCACAAAUUCUCAAUUCAAUUCAGACUUUGAUUUUAUGUAAUACGAUUCCGAUUCAUUUGAGUAUACAGCGUUUUGGUUAUACUGUCUAUUCUCUCUCUGCUAAUGCUGUAAAGCAUAAUAUUUUUGACUAAUUUAAACUAAUAAUUCAUCUUUUGAGCUAUUCUACACUAGGUGUGCCACGUGAUUUACUAGAAAGAAACGACUCAUUUUUGGGAAUCAAGCUUGAAGUUUGCAAUUGGUUUUUGAGUUCUACUCAAACAAGAUUCUGUUUCGCUCCUGCUAAAAAUAUGAUCUGGUUCUAGCACUCACGCUAUGUGUUUUUGCUAAGUCAACUAAUAAGAUUAAGAUUCAUGAAUAAGAAAGAUGAUUCCUGCCAUCAUUUCGUAGGACAUGGCCAUUUUUAUUGCAUCAUAUUAAAGAUUCACUUUCUGAACUGACACAUUGACAACUAUGAUAUUAAAAAUACGAUUAGUUUUUCCGUGACACUAAAGAUUCAGCAGCAGGGUGUAAAAUAGAAGUAAAGGCCCGUACACACCAAGAAUUCUAACUAUAAUAUUCAGUUUAUCGUUCUGUUUAUUGUAAGCAUGCGCUGCAGUUUUGUUGUCUGCUGCUUUAAAUGCUCAAGGAUGGAUUCUGAUUGGCUCUCAAUUUUUUUUUUUAUCAUUCAUCAGCUGGGAAAGUAGUUUUGAAUGUCAUUCUAAGGACAUUGUUAUCCUUGAUGUGACUUUAGUCAUAGAACACAGUGCCAUCUGUAGGACGGGAAAUGCGGUGCAAUAUUAAGAAUUGAAAUUGGCAUCAUUCAAAUGAAGAUCAUGAUUAAUUGGAAAAUCUAUAUUUUUACUCAGCCCUAUGCCCAACCAGCCUAAGAUAAUAACUGAGUGCCAAGGUUUUUCUCAGGAAGUGGCUCCCGUUCAAGAAUACUUUAAAUCUGUCAUUACCGGCUUGUGUUAUGUUUUCAAGUUCCCACAGUCUCGACUAAUUUUUGUCUUCGGAAAAUCUGUAAGAGCUGCAAACACCAACCUUGGAAUCGCUAUAGUGACUUAAAAUAACUUUUCUACAAGGUAAAAUAAUAUUUUUUAAAAACACACUGUCACCUUAACUUGCAUCUGUUGACCAAAAAUUUCAACCAUUCCACGCAAGUUCAAACAAUGUGAAUAGUCACGAGAGCCUUAAGUAAUGUUGUUCUUCCUUUGAAAAGUGCCUGAAGGCGCCGCUCGAUGCAGUGCCUCCGAAUGCUGACUCGCCAUUCUUCAGAGCGCAUCGUUUGAGAGAGGUGAUUGUUGUUUGCAUGACUAUUUGCCAUGCAAAUGAACCAUCCCUGCAUACCCCCAAACAAUGAGAUAAUGCUCCAAGCAAAAUAUCGCUGGAGAUAAAAACUAAUUUGUUGGUCAGUAUGGAAACCAUGUGCUGACACCAGCAUAAACGCAAUCAGUGAUUAGUGGUUGUUGAUUUAGCCCGGGGCGAGGAACACCUAGGGCAGACCUACACGUCGGGACGUCAACACGACGCACUCCAGUCACACAGUAAAGGCAGAGGGGUUAUCAAGAGGCCUCCAACCAAAUGUCACCACGUGUUUUUACCCAUCUUUUAUUUAUGAUGAGAUUUUGCUGUCGCUAAAUGACCUUUUACGAAUGCAAAAGGAACAGAGAGGACAAAAGGUUAACGGGUGGUGUGGAAAGAUUUCUCAAAUCCCUCUCCCACAGCCACAGUUCCCUAAACAUGCUUAAAAUGGGUAGGAAAAAUGAAAAAGGUCAAUUCGUAGCUGCUGUAAGCGAUUUUUAAUAGACCUAGGACACACAAACUUUCCCUUGCUACCUGACUAUGGGAGAAAUAAUACUUCUCUUCUGGUUCUGUAAUCAGGCACAAAACUGCUGCUGGUUAGCCAAAAGAGAGAAAAAAAAUUCUUUAUGGCCUAUAUGAAAAAAUUACAGCCCUAAAAAUGUGACACAUAAAAAACAUACAUAAUACAAUGAAACACUUGCUAGGAAAAAUAACACUUCUCUCUUCUGGCAAAAAAAUGCUGUUUGUUAGCCAAGAGAGAGGAGACUAUCUCUUUUAUUUUUAACACAUGGCUACUUUCAAGAAGCAUACUUCUUGCCAUAAUAAUGGUGUAGUAACAACAUCUACCACAAGAUGUGUCACUAGCCUGAUAAUGAAAGAAAAAAGAGACUUAUAGAAUAUUUUUGCUUUUAGAGGUAAAUACAAUUGCUUACAGCAGCUUUAAUGAAAGAAAAAGGAGGCUUAUAUAAUAUUUUUGCUUUUAGAGGUAAAUACAAUUGCUUACAGCAGCUUUAAUCAGAUCUAAGAGGUUUCGGGUUUAUUUAUUCUCCCAAUAUUACAUUUUUCCAAAGUAAAUCUUAAAGCCAGAUGUACUUUCUUCCUACACAAGUUUAAAAAUGGAAGUAGGGCUUCCCCUGCUGUUUAUGGUGCUGUAUUACAGAGAACAAACAAAACUGACCAAGUCCUUGCCCUCGAUGUUUUACAUUUCAUGCCAUAUUUGUGAGAGGUGAAAACUGUGGGAAUUUGUAGUGGUGUCAUACGCAUAUUAUAUUUAUAUUUUGUUACAUUUUGCACAAGAACACUAAAUGUAGCUACUUUGUUUUUCUUCUCUUGCUUGUUCUCUUGGCUUUACCUCCUAUAUCUUGGUGAUAUAGCGGUUCACUGUGAUGUAAGCUAAGCUCAUUGCUGUGUAAAAAAAUGUGCAAAUGUCUUCAGAGUGUGCUCUGUCUCUUUAAGAAAAUAAAUCUCUGAAACCAGUGA